UUAGGUCUGACCUAUAAGGGGCACUUAAGCCCUGCAAGGCAGUCGCGAAGGUGCAUGGAGCAGGUCGAAAUGUGAGGCAAAAGAGUGGUAGUUGGAGGCGAGUGUUGCGACAGUGAAUUGUCGAUGCAUGCGGACCACGGAGGUAAGAGGCCAUCAAUGAGAUCAUCCAGGAUCACCAAGCCAAUGCAGCUUAGCGGCACCACCCGUGUCCACGUGACCCUUGUCAACACAACUCCCGCACACAGCCGUCAAGCAUGUGGAGCGUCCGAGGCGUUCGCGUUGGCCUACAGUGAAUGUUGCGGAUACAGGCCAUUCGCCUUCUCGCCAGCUGAGCGCUAUCCGCUUGUGCGCCAUCGCGUCGUUCCUGGUUGCCAUCGUGCGCCACAAACCUCUCCGACACAACAAACAGCGACAGCGAGAAUACAACUGACGCGACCCUUUGUCAGCAGUUCCAAAGCUGAAUGGACAGUGCAUGAUUGUUGCGCGUUGACUUAUAUCGUGGGAUUGUCGCGCGCGGCCCAGGGGCGUCAGACCGCUAGAAACAACGACAACCCUGCUUUCCGCCAUCUUCACUUUCUCAUCCGUCUUUCCAUCUGCAAAGCCAUACUGCCGACACCCAGGACAGCGGCGAGCAACCGCAAAACUCUUCAUUCUCUCAAUUGGCCCCACUAAUGUGCGCCAUCACCACUCGUUCUCGGUUGCUAUAGGAUGCAACUGAGCAACCGAGGAAUUCU